AUGCCUCCAUCAGUCCCUGUCCACGUUUUUAACGCCCUCAAACGCUUCACCUCCUGUGAUGUCGGCGACGCCCUCGUUAAACUAAACGUCAGAUACGGCGGCUACCUCCACAGUCUCAAGAUGUUUUCCNCCCACCAACAAGCCGGCACCACAAAACUCUUUGGCCCAGCCUAUACCGUGCAAAUGGUUGAUGCCGCCGACACUUCCUCUCCCAAACCUUCUGGCCAUUUCGUCGAUGGAGUGACAGAAGGAAGUGUGGUGUUUAUCUCUCAGCCAAAGGGGUUUUACUCUGCUUGUUGGGGUGGCUUGAUGUCCACGCGAGCAAAGUAUCUAGGUGCCCAGGGUGUGGUUGUGGAUGGCAAUUUUAGGGAUUUGAAUGAGCAUAGAGAGAUGCAAUUUCCUGUUCGUGUGCCUUCUUCUUCCUUUCUAGUCACCAAUGCAUUGCGUGAAAACAAUCUUUACACUGCUGACUCUUCUGGGUGGGAAACAGNNGUAUUCGCAAAGGCCACUUCGGCUUUGGGUUCCAAUACUUUUACUAGAGCGAGCGGGCUCAAUGUACCCGUGCAGUUUACAAGUGACGAGCAACAAAGGCCACUAACCAUCAAUCCUGGGGACUUGAUCAUGGCUGAUCUGGACGGCGUGGUUGUUGUUCCGGUCGAGCAUGCCGAGCAGUGUUUGCAGAUCUGCGAAGAACGAUUUGAAAUUGAUGAGAAAACGAUGGCCGCACUGCAAGCUGGAGAGCCAAUGGGUGCGACUCUUGCUCGUCUGAGAAAAUAG